GGUAGAUAGAUGGGAGAAAAUGGUACCAGUAGAGAGAUCGUGCGAGGUUGAUGCGUGGGUCGACCUUCAAAAUUUGACCCGUGACGUGAUCUCUCUGACAGCAUUUGGCAGUAGCUUUGAAGAAGGCAAAAGGAUCUUUGAACUUCAGGAGGAACAAGCCCUUCUCGCAAUUAAAGCCCUUCAAUCGGUCUACAUCCCGGGCUGGAGGUUUGUGCCGACUAAUAUGAACAGGAGGAUGAAGAACAUAGAAAAGGAACUGCUGGCUCUGCUCAUGGACAUCGUCUGCAGAAGAGAGAAAGCAAUGAGGGCAGGGGAAGGUGCUGGCGAUGAUCUGCUGGGGCUGUUGCUGGAGUCAAACAUAAAAGAGAAUGUCGGGAUGAGCAUUCACGACGUGAUCGAGGAGUGCAAGACUUUCUACAUCGCCGGACAAGAGACCACUUCGGUCUUGCUGGUUUGGACCAUCGUCUUGUUGAGCGUGCACUCGGAUUGGCAAGCCCGAGCUAGGCAGGAGGUCCUCCAAAUCUUUGGAAGCAGAAAACCUGGCCUUGAUGGUUUAGGCCACCCCAAGAUUGUCACGAUGAUCUUGAAUGAGGUCCUAAGGCUAUACCCACCGGUGAUCGAGCUGCAACGGAAGGUUCACGAGGAAACAAAACUGGGGAAGCUGCCAUACCCUGGAGUCUAGCUCUCAGUGCCGACUCUCUUCAUCCGCCAUGAUAAUGAACUGUGGGGCGAGGAUGCUGAGGAGUUCAAGCCAGAGAGGUUCGCUGAGGGAGUGUCCAAGGCCACCAAAAACCGAGUCUCCUUUUUACCAUUCGGAUGGGACCCUCGUAUAUGCAUUGGCCAGAACUUCGCAAUGAUGGAGGCAAAGAUGGUGCUCGCCAUGAUACUUCAGCAAUUCACAUUCGAGCUCUCUCCAUCUUAUGUGCAUGCUCCUUUCACUGUCAUCACCCAGCAGCCACAGUAUGGUGUUCAGGUCAUCUUGCACAAGGGCAAACUAGAAGUUACAGAUCGGGUGACAUGUGUUAGUAAUUAAUCCAAAUUCUUGAAUGUCCUACAUGCAUCUAGAAUGUUCUUGUAUGUUUAGAUUCAUGUUUCUAUGUCUAGUUCAAUGUUUUGUAAAUUCAAUGAAUGUAUCUCCUUGAAAUGCUAGAUACAUUUAUGAGUUGUUUAAGAGUAAGAGUAAUGUAAUAAGCCUCUAUAAAGGCAAGUAUUGUGAUCAUUUCAUUAGAAAAAAAGGAAAAAGAAAAAGAAAAAUUGUGAAACAGAAGUUCAAUUUCA